AUGUCUUCUCAGGCUGAACAUGAUCUCACUCUUAUUCCUGGUCCUAUCGAAUUCGAUGACCAGGUGCUCAAUGCUAUGAGCCAUCCUACUGUGGCCCAUACUGCCAAACCUUUUGUGUCGACUUUUUCCCAGGUCCUGAAAUCUCUGAGAACUCUUUUCUUCAGUAAAGAUCCCAAGGCUCAGGCUUUCGUCAUUGCUGGUUCGGGUACUCUCGGAUGGGAUAUCGUCAGUUCAAACUUGAUUGAAGCCGGAGAGAAUGCUCUCGUGCUCAAUACUGGAUACUUUUCUGAUUCGUUUGCCGACUGUCUCGGUGUUUACGGAGCCAAGGUUGAUCAGUUGAGAGCUCCUAUUGGUGACCGACCUGGUUUGAACGAGAUUGAGGCGGCUUUAAAAUCCAAAAAUUACAAGAUCAUUACCAUCACUCAUGUUGACACUUCGACUGGUGUUCUAUCUGAUAUCAAGGCCAUUUCCGAGGUCGUUCACAAGGUUUCUCCUGAUACCCUGGUUGUUGUUGACGGUGUUUGUUCUGUGGGUGUUGAGGAAAUUAGAUUUGAUGACUGGGGAUUGGAUUUUGUGUUGUCUGCUUCUCAAAAGGCCAUUGGCGCUCCUGCCGGUUUGUCUAUCUCAUUCGCUUCUGCUCGUGCAUUGGCUACUGUUGAGUCUCGUAAGACUCCUGUUGCAUCUUACUUUGCCAGUUUAUUGAGAUGGGCUCCUAUUAUGCGUGCUUAUGAGUCUGAUAAGCCUGCUUACUUUGCUACCCCAGCUGUUCAAAAUGUCUAUGCUCUUCACGAGGCUUUGAGACAAAUUACCUCGGGCGGUGAGUCUGCUAUUGUUGAGCGUUUCAAGGUUCACCAACAUGCUUCUGACCGUGUCAAGGAUACUGUUGAGGGACUUGGACUCAAGCUUGUUGCUGUUCGUCGUGAUAUUGCUGCCCACGGUAUGAGUGCUGUAUACCUUCCCGAAGGUGUUCAGAACACUGACCUUCUCCCUUGGUUCCUCAAGCACAAGGUUGUUCUUGCUGGAGGCAUUCACAAGGAAAUCGCUACUAAAUACUUCCGUAUUGGACACAUGGGUGUCUCUGUCACAAACCCAAGCUUGGGGCACCUUGACAAGAUCCUCACUCUCUUGCCUGAGGCUAUCAAAAGUGCCAAGAACUAG